AUGGAAGAAUCUGCCCUAGAGAAAAGGCGACGUCAAAACAGAGACUCCCAGCGUCGAUUCAGUAGGGCGUCCCCGAAGCCGAUUCACACCGUGCUACCGCUAAGCGCAGACGCAGGACAGAAACACGCCAAACGAACGAGUGAUUCAAAUCCGCGGGCAACUGCAGCCGCUUUUCCCGUCUGGCCACCCCUCUCGCCAUCAGAGUCGUUACUACAAAACCACAAUAACAACAACACCUUUUUCGAGACCACCAACAACAGAGCCUACAGCCAACAUAGUGUGCACCAACCACUUAUGCGCGGCAACGUUUUCCAAGAACUAGAACUCAGGGACGAACUGCAUCGCCCACCACCAGAGAGCACUCGUCCGAGCUCCAAUGCAGCCAACAUCAACCCCUGUAUGCCGAUACCACCGCUUGACAGCUAUUCUGGGAUCGGGGCCGAUAAGAGCUUGGGCUAUCCGCAACAGUCUCUAUCUCUCAACACCGCUAAUCGGAGCACGCGAGGCGGAGAGCAACCACCCUCCGCCAUCGACCACUCGCCUAGCGCCGAUAGCUACACGCCAGCCUACUCUCAGCCCCCGCGCAGGCCCCCCGGCCGCACCAUAUCAAACGCCGAAUGCAUGAUCACGAGGGUGGAGCAGCUCUACGAGGUCGGAGUGGACAUAGGCAUUCUGCCGGAGGAUCCGGCUUUGCCUUCGUCCCUCCACAAGAUGAAGGCACGCUUCCGGUCGGUAACUAGCGAUCGUUACACGUAUGAUGAUGAACUGGAUGAUUUAGCCAUGGGCGGGCUGGAAGAUUCCUCACAAGAUGGUGGUAGUUAUUGA